AUGGUGAAAACCGCAGCGAAUAAGCAAAAGCCGGCCAAGAAACCAUUAAACGCCAACAAAAAGAAGUUCGUAAAGACAAAGAAGAAGAAAAAUGUUGCAGAAAAAUCGAUCAUCUCAAACACAUCAGCUAAUCAAGCUGCCGAGACAUCUUCGGAUUCUGAUGUGGAAGAAAACUCACCUGAACAGAUCCAGAAGCUCAUCGAACCAUACACUAAGGACCAGUUAAUCGAAAUCCUCAUCAACGCCGCCAUAGCAAACCCUUCGCUUUACACCCGAAUUCGUGACGCCGCCGACAGUGACGAGUCCCACCGGAAGAUCUUCGUCUACGGCCUUGGCUGGGACACUACUAAGGAAACCCUAACUCUCGCCUUCCAACCGUACGGCGAAAUCGAGGAUUGUAACGUCGUCAUUGACCGUGUCACUGGGAAAGCAAAGGGCUUUGGGUUCGUUCAAUUUAGGUCACGGAAAGGGGCAAUGAAAGCUCUCAAAGAACCAAAGAAGAAAAUUAACAACCGAAUGGCGUCGUGUCAGUUGGCGUCAUUAGGGUCUGCAAUUGCCGGCUCCACGGACAACUCCAGUAGGAAGAUUUAUGUUAGUAACGUUCAACCCGAUGCCGAUGCAGAGCGACUACGAGCAUUCUUCUCCAAAUUUGGGGAAAUCGAGACAGGUCCAUUAGGGUUUAAUUCAUCAACAGGAAAGUCACGUGGCUUUGCUUUGUUUGUGUAUAAGACUCAAGAAGGGUUUAGAAAGGCUUUAGAAGAGCCUUACAAGGUAUUCGAGGGACAUAAAUUGCAUUGCCAGAAGGCAGCCGACGGGAAAAACAAGGGAGUUGCAACUUCAGCUCCGGCGACUGUAACCACACCUGUUGUCCAACAACCCACCCCGCAAAUGAUGGCUGCUGUUGCUGCUACUCAAAAUUUUGGAAUGUUCAAUCAGUCUCUGGGAUUGAACCCUAUGUAUGGAGGUUUGUUUUCAAAUCAAAACGCAGGGUUUCUCGCAGCAAAUCCUCUUUAUGCUUCAGGGGUUUUGGGGCAACUGGGUGCUGCUAUUGGUGGUGCACAACCCGGGUUAGGUAGUUACUAUGGUGGUGCACCCAUGGGUGUUGAUAAUACGUCAUUGCUAGGGGCUACUCCCCCAAUGCUACAGGGUGUUCAGCUUCAGCUUCGGGUUCCAGGUCUCAAGGUGGUGGUGGUGGCUCUUUCAGUGGUUAUCAAUCUCACUCGUGAUGAAGUACAGCUGUCAUUGAGGUUAAUUUUCAGUGAGUAUUGAAGAAUGAAUAUGUUUUAAAGGCUUUAUUUUCUGUUGGUGGCUAUAUCUUGGAAGUUGUGCAUGUACAAAGAUCUUUCCUAUUUCAAUCAUCAAAUCCUUCUCAUUUUUGCUAUUUUCUUUAUAUAUUUUAAUAAUUUCCUUGUAUGGAUUUGAUGACAUUUUAUAUCCUUCAUCCUAUUUUACUUUCUUCAUAGUUUUCAUCAGCAGUAUUUUCAUUGAUUUGCAGUUGUUUUCUUGAUUUCAAAUGGCUUAUACAUAUAUUCCUUCUAUGUCUUGAAGAUGACAUGGUUGAUAAUUUUUUUAUUCUUUAUCGUUUCAAGAGUUAUAUUAAUUUAUUUUUGUUUUGUUAUUUGUGUUGACAGUUCUUUUGUAGUUUUGUAGUUGGUUUUUGAGGCUUUAAUUUGCAUAAACUUCUUUAUUUAUAUUAACUUUUUUCUGUUUUAUGGGGGAGUCAAACAGAAUGAUACUGAUUUAUGGUUUUACUUGUUUAAAUUGAAUGUUUUAUGGUUUGUAGUUGGUUUUUGAGGUUUUAAUUUGCAUAUCUUUUUAAAUCUGUUUUCAAUUGAUAAACAGUUGUAUAAAGUUUCUUUUGGUAUUUUUUGUUCUUUUAAAAAUUGUGAAUUGGUAGUGUUGUGUUCAUACCAAAUGGAAGAGCUAAAUUUUGUGUAAUAGAAUAUAGAUGUAUUAUUUUUUAAUGUAACUUACUCAUAGAAGUAAAUUAUUUAAAUUUUUGUAUUUAUAAUAAUAACGUAUUAUAUGUCUUGGCUAAUAAUAGCCAUGAAACUUGAGCAUAUUUCACUGGUUUUAGAUGAUGACCGU